AUGCGCUCGCUUUUGGAUACAAUCUUAUUGCUUGUUAUCCUGGGGCUGGUACUGGACCGCGAGUGGCAGAAACCAUCCUGUUUCGAGGUUGGGGGUGACAUUACGGGGUUCGCUCCGAAGAUGUCGCAACAAAUCACGUCCUUUGCGCCGGAUCCCAUGUUCAUCCCGGAAAACGGGUCCGAGUUCUUUACGGAGGCAGUUCGGUCGAGAUGGUUGAGUAUUGUGCCGAAGGGACUAGGCUACCUCCAAAUCAACAACACCGGUCCCUACAACAACCUUCCCACCCCUUUGGAGUUGUACCCGAAUUCAACCUUUACCACCUCUGUUACGCACCAGCUCCACUGCCUGCACUCGAUCGUCGGGAUAGUGGCGGCCUAUACCUCCAACGAACUCGACAAGUUGCCAGAAGCGGGUGCAUGGCAUAUCAGCCACUGCUUCGACUACCUGCGACAGAGCAUCAUGUGCUGCGGUGACAUGGCUCUAGAGGGCCAACAUACCACAUUCCCACCCGGGUUCACGGGAAGUGAUGGGUGGGAUGCGAAACAUGUCUGUAGGGAUUAUAACCAGGUGUUGGCACAUUUGGAAGAGAAUAGGGCCGACGAUGAGAGGUGGAUAUAA